AAUAUAACCCAAACAAGUGCUCAGUUUGCUUUUAUAUUGCUAUUUCGUCCAACGGAUUAUGAACGUUUUUUUACUUGCGACGAAAUGAUGAAGUUUUUAAAUUACAGUAUUUUCAUCUUUAUUCUAACAGCUAUUAAAGAUGUUCAAAGUGAAGAGAAAGCCUGCAAGACUGCAGUGUCGGACAUGUUGAAGUACCAGAUGCAGUCUAUCACGAAAUGCACCAAGGAACUGGGAUUCAAAGGCAAAGAAAAGACCGAGAAGAUGAAUUGCAUCAUGAAAUGCGUCCUCAUCGCCAGUGGGGCGAUCAAGCCUGAUGGGAAGGUUGAGAUCGAGAGUGCCUUAGGAUUCGUGCUCGAGUACAUCCCCGUCGAGUUCUUGGAAAAGGCACUUAAAGGUUCCAUGAAAUGCCAGCGCUUUAUGGAUUCUUUGGACCCAAAUGAGCCCACCUGCAAAUCCUAUGAGCCCUUGGUAAAAUGCCUAACGGGUUUUAUAAUGAGCUUAUGCAGCAAGUAAUGGGAGCAGACUCUGUCCGUCAGAGUAAUUAAAUCAGCUAGGACUCAACUUGUCAGGCUAAAAUUGUUAUAAAUGCUUUCGGAAUGAAAUUUGUUAUCGAAAUAAAUCACUCAAAACUUGA